AUGACUCCAAUAGCACUGACCUCAGUGGAGAGAAGGAUGGUGGCUCCAUUCACUGAGAUGGAGCCUGUGGGCAGCAGGUUGGCGGGGGUGGAGAUCAGUUCUGAACGUGUUGACUUUCAGAUGAUUAAGCAUCAAAGCAUCAGUGACAGCCAUCCACUGGAUGGAUCUGUUGGGACCCAGAGCAUCCAUGUCAAUGCCUUUCGAGGUAUGGUCAGCAUCCAAGUCAACAAUGUUUUGAUUGAAUGGGAUGGAAUCUUGGACUACGAGAAUGCCCUUCUGGUGGCUAAGCUGUUUAGCAAGAUGGCCUGUGUCCUAGCCAAGAUGGAUGAAGGUCCAACUUUGGACGAUAUUAUUAGUAAGGCCCUGGACCACCAGGCUUUAAAGCAUUAUCCGUCCACUCGAGGCCUGACCUACACUGUUUUACUCAGCCGGGUCAAGAACUUAACCCAGUAUGAAGUGCCCAUCAAGGACGUGUGCCGACAGGUCCCCACCUACUUUGUCCAAGAGCAAAAAGAAGGUACUGCACUGGCUAUUGACCCCAAUUCCUGUUUCGAAGUCCAAAUUCUGUCCUUCCUGAGACUCUCCAUCUGUGGGGCGCUCCCUGGGUUCUGA